CUAAGGCAGAAGAAAUGGAGCUCCAAAAGAAUGAGUUGAACAAACUGAAACAAGAGUACCAAGCUCAGGCAGUUGAGCUGAUCUCAGUUAAAGCCAUGGCAAACAUCACUGAAAACCAUGUGGAGGCUCUGAAGAGAGAAAGAGAAGUGAAACGAGUGGCUUUCUCUGCAUCUCUGAUGGUCUCGGGUUCAGAAUGUAUCGGACCAUUUAAUGCACAAACACCUCUGGUCUUCAAACAUGUUUUUACAAAUAUUGGAAAUGCCUACAACGCAAAUACAGGGUUUUUCACAGCACCAUUAAAAGGAGCCUAUCACUUUGAGGUCUACAUAUUUGGUCAUGGACGUCCUUCCAAUCCUUCAGGUGCAGCGUUGUUCAAGAAUGGAGAACAUAUUUGUAUUGCAUAUCAGCAUCAGCCUUCACAUGAUGCUGCCACUGCAAAUGGUGUCACACUGCUGCUGGAGAUUGGAGAUGUUGUGUUUUUGCGUCUGUGGCAAGAUUCUUUGACUUGUGACAGUUACAACCAUCACACAACCUUCAGUGGUCACCUGCUUUUCACCAUGUGAACAGCAAACAGUCCUUAUUUCUGUGUCAGUCAGAUGAUAGUCACCUAAACACCACAAUGUUGUGUCAGAAAACCAAUAUAAUGUUGAUUUCCAAAAUCAGCAGAAUAAAAACCUUUUUUGGGAAACGUUUA